CUUGUGUGAAUGUGGCGUGUUUGACAUUUAGUUUAGUUCACUUUUUCUCCGCGGCUCUUUUCUCUGGUUAGUUUGUGGGACGAGAGAGAGGAGCUUGUUUCAACCAAAGACCGGGAGCAGGAGUGCAAGCAUGAGCAUGCAACCUCGAAGAGUCCGCCUGAAACCGUGGCUUCUGGCUCAAGUGGACAGCGGCCGAUUCCCCGGUCUUCAUUGGCUGAACGCCGAGCGCCGACUUUUCCAGAUCCCGUGGAAACAUGCGACACGUCACACGCCAACAUGUGAAGAUGAUAACACCGUCUUCAAGGCGUGGGCUCUUGAAACAGGAAAAUUCCAGGAAGGCGUGGACGAACCGGACCCAGCCAAGUGGAAAGCCAACCUUCGUUGUGCGCUGAAUAAAAGUCGAGAGUUUCAACUCAAGUUUGAUGGCACCAAAGAGAUGCCAGUCGAAGCCUAUAAAAUUUAUGAAGUUGUUUGCACGGAUGCCACAGCAGAUGACGAUGAGAUACCAAAUCUGACAGAGCUGACAAUAGAUUCCAGGAUCCGUGACUCUGGCUCUGUCACAUCACUUCCACCUCCCCCCAGUGAUUUGAGCCAGUUUUGUGCCUCCACCAGCGAAACAUUUGCGCGUUUUCAUCCACUCACCUCUGAGCCAAUGUUAGAUGGGAUGAACUUAGAUCACACCCCGAAUGAGGCGUGUGCUGUGGUCCAGGGUCAUGUUGUAGACCCUCCAAACCUGCUCAGCAGCAUUCCAUUAACUGAUCUGGAUCUUAAGUUCCAAUACCGCGGCCGGGCAAUGGGUUCUCUGACUGUCAGUAACCCUCAAGGCUGCCGGCUGUACUAUGGACAACUAGAGCCCAACCCAGAGCAGGUGGAAUUGUUUGGACCAGUCACCCUACAACAGGUCCGGUUUCCGGGAACUUCUGAGAUCUUGAGUCAGAAGCAACGGGAGUUCACAGAAGCCCUCCUGAACGUGAUGGAUCGUGGCCUAAUCCUAGAAAUCUGGGAGCAGGACAUUUACGCUUUACGCCUCUGUCAGUGUAAGGUGUUCUGGUCUGGACCGGGUGUGCCUGAUCAGGGCCAACCCAAUCGGUUAGAGAGGGAGAGGAGAGUCAGGGUUUUCAGCCUCAACGACUUCCUGCAAGGACUGAUCUUAUACCAGAAGGGUGAAGUUCCGAAUGCCCCCCCUUUUGAGAUCUGCUUCUGCUUUGGAGAGGACUGGCCUGACAUGAGACCCAAAGAGAAGAAACUCAUUGUGGUUCAGGUGGUUCCUGUAGUGGCUCGCAUUCUAACAGAAAUGUUCUCCGGAGAGCAGAGCUGGUCCAUUGACAGUAUCCGACUGCAGAUCUCAAUCCCAGAUGUGAAGGACCAGACAGUGGAGCAGUUCAAAGAGCUUCAGAGACUCCUCCAGAGUCAACAUGUCCACGCGCACUGGACUGACACUGUUCCCUAAAAAACAUUCAAAUCCCUUAGAACCGGUCCUGGGGAAUCAGGUGCUUAAGGCGUUACUUAGAAAACCACAAUCGCCCAGACAGUUUUAGCUAAACUGUAUUAUGCUAAUGUUUGUACUAAUAUUGAUUAUCAAAGUUUGGUCCAAAUAUGAAGGUUUGUUGGCGUUUGUCCUAAAAAUGACCAUGAUGCUUUAGUAUUUUAACCAAUAGUUUUUUUUGCCUGCAUUCAAAGACUUAUAACGUACAUUUUUUAUAGGUUUUGCUUAAUGGCGCUUUUCUGUUAGUUUUGUGUUCAUGUUGUGCAGGUUGUAGUGCGUAUGUUUUGAUAAUUUAAUGAGUGGUAGGUGAAUCUUUCAGUAACUAUAAAUUGUAUGAUGAACAACCAGUAAUUCCAAAUAUUACAGAAUGUACGAUCAUUUGACUUUUUAGCUUUUAGCAAACAUUGCACCCUGCACGCCACCUGAUGUUGUGCAUUGUCUUUGAAACCAGGUGGGGGCGAUGUUCUGCCAGUGACAGCUUCUAUUGAAGGUCAAACUGCAAUAGUUUCUUAACCAUUGUUGGGCAGCCUCAGCCCCUUGAGGGCCUACAAAAUCGAUCAAAUGUGGUCAGUAUGGGCCGCGGCGGGACUUUUGUGGCAGUAAUGACAAUAUCAAAUAAUCAGUCUGGAGCUCAAGUCACAAAAUUUUCAUAAGCACAAAAAAUCUGAUUAAAGUUAUGAAGCUACAUUUUCAUUUGCACUUUCAUUUUAUUCACAGUUUAGUUAGGGAACCGUGUUAUAAUUUAGCUAUAAUGUAUUUAUUUUAGGACUGCAUAGUGGUAAAUUUGUUUUUAUUUUACUUUUGUUGGAGUCCCAUUCUAUGUAGUAUAUUUGAUUACUAUUUAUUUGUUUAACAGUCUGAUCUAAGCCCUGAUAAUAAUCUUUGAUUAAAACUUGGUUUCAUAUCCUUUCACAAGGUUGUAUACUGUAAGUAGAUAAUAUAUAAUUAUUGAAUACAAUUCAAAUCGAGAGUAAGAUUACUAAUUUAAUGUUGAUAUUUAAGUGGGCUUUGACCCCCUCUGUAGUGGUUGAAGUUGUGCCACAAGGUCAAAAAGGUUAAGAACUCCUGAUAUAAACUAUAAUAUAAAUUGCAAUAGUAGUUAAAUAUAAAUGGUCAUUUCUGUAACAAUUGAUCCUAAGCAACAGCAAACUGGGUAUCUACUAUUAUGUUCCUCAAUGUACCAUGAUUUUAAGAUUCAGGUAUGAUAAUUUGUCACACUGGUGAGUAGACAGAUAAGAUUUUUUUUAAGUUAGAUUAAUUAAAAGUCUGGAGAGGAUUAAUUUCUCUUAAUCACGAUGAAAUAUCUCAUUUAAAUAAUUAUUAAUGGUGUUUAUUUUGCAUGAGAAAAGAAAGUAUAGAAAGAUUGUAAUGUAUGCACACCUUACAUGUUUUUUAAACACUUUGAAUGUUCAUGCAUCGGUUUUUAUAAGCAAACAUUUACCCACAUUAAUGUGAACCUGUAAAGAUUGUGUGUUAUCAAUGUGCUAUUUUAAGCAGAGCAAAGAAAACUCCUUACUGCAGCAUGUGCAUAAUGUUUAUUUUCUUUGACUGUUCUAUUUUUUCCCCCCCAAAAUUCUCAUGCAGGGGGCCAACGUGUUUAUUGUAGGAAGUGUCAAAUGGGCCAGAAAUAAAUGUAUUUUCAAUUAGUUAAA